AGCAACAGCCCCCAAUUUCUGAAGUCCAAAUUUUUCUAUUGUCAAUACUAAAGCUAUAAGUAUUUCUAUAUGUUAUUAACAAUUUUUUUAAUUAUUAUGUAAAUGGUUACUAAAACGACGCAGAUUGUGACUAAUCGAUAGAUCAUUUGUAUUUUAUCUAUGAGCAUGUCAUAUUGAAACCAUGGAUAAUCGUGAAUUAAUAUUAAAUAUUAUGGCGAAUCGCUCUCCAACUAUCAAUUCUCCUAGGAAUUCAACAAAGGAUUUCAUAAGAACAUAACCAGUGGCUAAAAUAAAUCGUCUUUUCGUCAGUAAAAGAUUUUAAAUUAUUAGAAAAUGAGUCCACUAAAGUUUUGAAUGUUUGUCAAUCUGGAUUCUGAAACUAAGUUGCAAUCAUGCAUCGAGAAACAACCAAAAUUAUUGAAUGAACAACGUCCAUCUUGCAAAAGUGUAUAAAAUCUUUGCAAAGGUGUUUGAUAUUGUUUGUUUAUUAGCUAUUUGCAUUUUUGUGCAUUUGAAAGUUAUAAUUUGUUGCGAAUUGUGCUGUCGUGUUUACUUAGUCAAUAUGAGUAAACGAGUAAAGGCCUGCUGUGUACCAGGAUGCACGAAUAAGCAAGCGAUAAGUUUAAGCGCUGCUAUAGUAUCCGUUUACAUGGUAACCUAGUAAAAUCGAUGCAAACAAUAAAUUGAAAAUAUAUUGUAUGUGCAAUUUCGGAAAAGAAAAUGGUUUUAAAUAAAGCUGGAACAUAUAUGACAAAUACGAUUUUUCCUGGUAUUUUAAAUAUUAAACAUUCAAAUGAUAAAAGAGUUCUUUCCAAUUUACCCUUACAGAUGGGUCUAUACUUUAACGUCGUUCUUAUACCAGUUUGGAUAAUCUUUAUUUUUUUAUUUAUAAACAAAAAUUACUGGCAUUAUGAUGAGCUAUACAGAUACUUAUCAUUAACCGUUGUAUGCAUAAUAGUAUGUGUAGAAAUGUUGAGGCUUUAUCUAGGAUAUGAAGGAAAUCUAAAGGAUAAGAUACCGGAAUUGGCUGGAUUUUGGAUGCUCUCAGUAUUGCUCCAGUUUCCUCUUCAAGGAUUCCUUUUAUUCAAUCCCUAUUUCCAAAUGUGUGUAACAGAGAUUGUAGUACAAAGUAUUAUGUUCAUCUUACUAUGCAUACAGCUUGUCUCAGGUUACUGUGCGUUAAAAUAUACUCUUACCGAACAAUCUAGAAUGGUCCAGUCAAGGAAAUCAGAAGAAAAAUGUAGAUGUCAAAAAGAAAAAUAAAACCCAUUAAUAAAUA